AUGGUGUUCGCCCUACUCCUGCCUGCUGGCGUUCUACCUGACUGUCGCCAGCAAAUCACGCGUGCGUUGAACAUCGUGUUCGUGUCAGCCGAAGUGGCGCCGUGGUCAAAGACUGGUGGGCUCGGCGAUGUGGUCGGUGGACUGCCCAUCGAAUUGGCAAAAAGAGGGCACAAAGUCCUAUCAAUUGCACCGAGGUAUGACCAGUAUGCAGACGCUUGGGACACGAGCGUGUCCCUCAACAUAGACGGGGAGACAGUGCGCUUCUUCCACACCCGUGAGAAGGGGGUGGAUCGCGUCUGGGUAGACCAUGAGAGCUUCCUUGCCAAGGUGUGGGGCAAGACGGGCGCGAAGCUGUACGGGCAGAAGAGCGGGCGGGACUUCAACGACAACCAGAAGCGUUUCCUGCUCUUCUGCAAGGCCGCCCUGCAGGCGCUGCUGGUUCUGCCCUUCUCCCCGGGCAGCGACUCUGUCAUGGUCUGCAACGACUGGCACACCGCCAUCCUGCCAGUCCUGCUCAAGGAUGUGUACCAACCUGCCGGGCAAUUCCUGGACACCAAGGCUGCACUCUGCAUCCACAACAUUGCCUUCCAGGGCCGCUUCUGGAGGGAAUCUUUUGCAGACCUGGGGCUGCCAGCCAGCUCAGCAGCCAAGUUUGAGUUUGAGGACGGCUACAGCCGGAUAUUCACUGAGGACGAGCCGGACACAGAGGAGAAGGGGCGGGGCCUGGGCAAGAUGUAUAAGAAGAUCAACUGGCUGCGCGCUGGCAUCCUGUCCGCCGACAAGAUCCUCACCGUGUCGCCCAAUUAUGCUGCUGAGAUUGCAGCCAACCCCCAACUGGGCGUGGAGUUGGAUGAGGUCCUUAGGGAGGUGGGGGGUGCAGAGGGAAUUGUGAACGGUAUGGAUGUGACGGACUGGAACCCCGCGGUAGACAAGUUCCUGGACGUCAAGUUUGACGCAUCCACCCUUGAGGACGGCAAAGCGCUCGCCAAGGAGACCCUGCAGGCCGAGCUGGGACUCGACGAGGACCCGAGCAAGCCGCUGUUUGGCUUCAUCGGGCGGCUGGAGGAGCAGAAGGGCGUCGACAUCCUGCUGGCUGCUCUGCCCCAGAUUGCCCAGAAGGGCGACGUGCAGGUGGCGAUUCUGGGGACGGGGCGGAAGACGCUGGAGGCCCAGGUGAAGUCGCUGCAAAAGGAGCUGCCAGGUGUCGCCGGCGUGGUCAAGUUCUCCUCACCCCUUGCCCACCUCAUCACCGCCGGCGCGGAUUUCAUGCUGGUGCCGUCGCGCUUUGAGCCGUGCGGGCUGAUCCAGCUGCAUGCGAUGCAGUAUGGGACGGUUCCCUUGGUGUCCUCCGUGGGCGGCCUCGUCGACACUGUGAAAGAGGCCGUCACCGGAUUCCACAUGGGCUGCUUCGACCCCGAUGACAUGCUCCCGGCCGACGCUGCAGCCGUCGCCGAAACCGUUGCCAAGGCUGCGGAGGUGUUCCCGACGGAGCAGUUCAAAACGAUGCGCGCCAGGUGCAUAUCCCAGGAGCUGUCCUGGCAAGCGCCCGCCAAAAAAUGGGAGGCUGUUUUGGAGGGGCUCACAAACCCUUCAGAGGAGAACACGCAGCGGAAAGAGGCCGUGACAACUCCCGUCCAGAAAGUGGACGAUCCAGAGCUUGUAAAUGUGGCUUGAGAGCACUGUACUGCACUACACCGCACUCCAUGAGGGCCUAAAACAAAUUUUGACGGGUAGGAUCUGGCACAAGAGUGAAGAGCUUGGCUGCUGGGCCACAUACCUGCUGCUGGCGUCUUCUGCACUGUGCGAGUUCCUAUCAUGCUUUGCUGCUUGAGAGGCAUUUUGUUGAACGGAUGACUUCCCAGGAGUUCCCUUGGAGGGCAAGUUAGUUUCGAGCGCCAGACUGUCUGUUUGCUGAUUUUUGAGAAGAGAUACGGGAGUGAAUUGUUUUGAUCUUGCAUAUGAUGCUCAUUACUCUGUGCUGCCAAUUGCCGCUUUAGAUGCCGGUGUCAUGCAAUGGCGAUUGACUAAAAAGAUUUGAGGUACUGGCUUUUGCAAGUGAAAGUGCAAGUGAAAUAGAUGUAAUUGACUCUUGCAUGC